AUGAUCAAAAGACUCAUUUACCGUGUAUCGCAGAUAAAAUACGUGCCAUUCAUAGCAAAACUAAUCAUAAUAACGGCUUUAUCGUACCUUUUCAAUGUUGUGCACUUCUACAGGAUGAGAAGCGUAAAACCUAAGAAGGUAAAAAACAAGUUUUGUAUUAUCACCGGUGGAACGAGAGGAAUCGGCAGGGAAUUGGUGGAUUUGCUUGUCCUGAAGGGUUAUGAAGUGGUGGUGCUUGGAAGAAGCAAUAUAAGCCGCAGUAAUGUUGUGCGCUAUGAAUUGGAUUUGAACAAUUUGAAUGAGGUAAAGCAGUUCAGGUUGAGCAGAACGGUCGAUCUUUUGGUCAUGAAUGCUGGUAUAAUUACCACCAAAACGGAUGGAAUAGACAUGAAUUUCAAGGUAAAUUACCUGGCCCAUUACAUCCUGUACAACAACUUACGAGGCAAUUUGAAGAAUGCCCGCGUAGUUCUCACAUCUUCAUGUGUAAUGCUCUCGGUUGACACGUUCGAUCCAUACAGCACGUCCUUUUUCUCGUUCAGAAAGUACUGCGAAAGCAAGUUAUGUGUGUUUUUACUCGCCAAGUACAUCUCAAGGAACACGCAAACGGUUGUUGUACAUCCAGGAAUCGUUAACACUGCGUUGUUCAAAGAGAAUUCUCUGUUGGACCUGUUCAUAAACAAGGUAUCGUAUCCAUUUCUGAACAGCAUAGAAGAGGCCGCCAAUGUGCUUGUGAACGCAUGCCAAUUUGAGAUGUCCAGGGAGAAGAAGAUCAUCUUUUUCUACGGCUUUGAUGAAAUGAAGGUCCCACGGUCUAUCAACAGAAAGAACGAAAAAAAGUUAAUGAAAAUUACGAAACACUUUUUAGAGAAAGCUGGAGCGGUCAGGGUAAACAAUUCGAGAGCAAAAGACGUUAACGCCCGUGUAACAGAAUAG